CGGCGGCCAUUUUCUUUUCACACCUCCGUUUCAAAGGCAGCCAACCAGCUCCCGGACUACAAAACACGGUUUCAUUCAAAAAACUCCGCAAACAAAAACUUCCGAACGCCACCGGAGAGCCGUCCCAAGCGCGACUCGGAGGCCGCUGCGUACACCGGGCCGAAGUGGACUGUGGACUCGGAGGACUGUUUUAUUUGAGCCGAAGUGGGUGUCUGGAGCGCGAAGCGAUAUGGCGACCGCAACCCCGAGCCGCGAGUCGAGCCGCGCGUCGGCCGCGAAGACGCCGCUGAGCCCCGCGCGCAUCUCGCGCCUGCAGGAGAAAGAGGAGCUGCGCGCGCUCAACGACCGCCUGGCCGUGUACAUCGACCGCGUGCGCUCCCUCGAGCUCGAGAACGACCGGCUGCUCGUCAAAGUGUCCGAGAAGGAGGAAGUCACGACCAGAGAGGUGUCUGGGAUCAAGUCUCUGUAUGAGGCCGAGCUCGCCGACGCCAGGCGGGUCCUCGACGAGACGGCUCGAGAGCGAGCGAGGCUUCAGAUCGACCUGGGGAAAGCCACCUCGGAGCUCGAGGAGGUCACCCGCAACUAUAAGAAGAAGGAUGGAGACCUGUCUGUGGCUCAGGCCCGGAUCAAGGAGCUGGAGGCGCAGUACAACAAGAACGAGGCGGCUCUCAACACGGCGCUCAGCGAGAACAAGGCUCUAUCCGCAGACCUCGCCGACCUCAAGGCCCAGCUGGCCAAAGCCGAAGACGCUCACGGCGUGGCCAAGAAGCAGCUGGAGGCCGAGACGCUGAUGAGGGUGGACCUGGAGAACCGCUGCCAGAGCCUGUCCGAGGAGCUGGAGUUCAGGAAGAGCAUGUUCGAGGAGGAGGUGCGCGAGACGCGCCGGCGUCAGGAGAAGCGCAUGGUGGAGGUGGACUCGGGCAUGCAGCAGGACUACGAGUUCAAGCUGGCGCAGGCGCUGCAGGACCUGCGCAGGCAGCACGAGGAGCAGGUGCAGAUCUACAAGGACGAGCUGCAGCAGACCUUCAAGGCCAAGCUGGAUAACGCCAAGGUGUCGUCUGACCUGAACGACAAGGCGGUGCUCACGGCCCGCGAGGAGCUGCAGGAAGCUCACCUGAGGAUCGAGGGCCUGAGCUAUCAGCUGAGCGCUCUGCAGAAACAGGCGUCUGCCGCCGAGGAGCGCGUCCGCGAGCUGGAGGACAUGCUGUCCAGCGACCGGGACAAGUACCGCCGGCAGCUGGACGCCAAGGAGCGCGAGAUGGCCGAGCUCAGGGAGUGCAUGCAGCAGCAGCUCAACGAGUACCAGGAGCUGCUGGACGUCAAGCUGGCCCUGGACAUGGAGAUCAACGCCUACAGGAAGCUGCUGGAGGGCGAGGAGGACAGGCUGAAGUUGUCUCCCAGCCCGUCCUCUCGGGUGACGGUGUCCCGCAGCUCGGCGAGCAGCACCUCCACGUCUUCUCGUAGCACCCGCGCCAAGAGAAAGCGCGUGGAGCUGGAGGAGGCGUCCGCCGCCGCACCCAAAGUGCAGAUCAGUCAGGAGGCCGAGGCCACGGGCAGCGUCAGCAUCGAGGAGAUCGACCUGGAGGGCAAGUCUGUGACCCUCAGGAACAACUCGGACAAGGAUCAAUCUCUGGGCAGCUGGCGACUAAAGAGACAAAUCGCUGAUGGCGAAGAAAUCGCUUAUAAAUUCAGUCCCAAGUUUGUCCUGAAGGCCGGCCAGAUUGUGACGGUGUGGAGCGCCGACGCCGGUGUGUCCCACAGUCCUCCUUCAGACCUGCUGUGGAAGAGCCAGAGCUCCUGGGGCACCGGAGAGAAGAUCCUCACCUUACUGGUCAAUUCCAGCGGAGAGGAAGUGGCGAAGCGAACCGUCGCCCAAACCGUGAUCGAGCUGGAGAACGGCGACGAUGAGGAGGGAGACUUUGGAGAUGAAGAUCUGUUCCAUCAGCAGGGCGAUCCAAAGACCCGAUCCAGAGAAUGUGCCGUCAUGUGAUGGAGGCGGCGUACCUUUUAGUAUUUUCCUUCCCACGAUUCAGUCUUUUUUGUAGAGCCACUACUUUUGUAUUCUUCGAAUCAUGAGUUCAUAACACCCCCUCCCUCGAUCCUUUUUAUUUGUACGGACCUCAUUUGUAAAGCCAGUUAAUCUUGAGCUGCGACGCAAUUUUUUUUUCAGACGCCGCUCACCGAUGAGUAGUCUUUCCAGACGGCCACGUCCCAUUACGCACGGUUGGCGAAUGCCACCCGAGAACGAGUCAAACCACGUGAAAUUAGAGUAUUUGUGUGAGCCGGUGACUAACGAAUCUGCGUUUUCAUGCGAAUGAAUCCUGCACGUUCUCGUCACGGCGGGGUUACGAAUGGGGAAUUAUUAUUAUUAUUAUUAUUAUUGUUCUGUAGUGCACUAUAGCCCGUAACUGACAGCUGUCGCUUAGCGUACCUUAUGUUGUGCUUCGCCAACCAGACGAACAGGGUGGAAAACGAGACUAGAUUAUUCUAAGCGUCAUGCGUUUUGAUUCAUGCCUUACAUAGUUGUUGUAUGUACGAUGAAUCGGUGAGCGAGACGCAGCUAAACGCUAACCAGAACGGUACUUUCUUAAGAGUACAGCGUAGAAAGACUUCAAGUUCAUUGAAAUAUUCAGAAUGUUUUGCGUUUAUUCAAAUGUUGAGUUUGAACGAGUUUAGCACGUGAAAAGUGCUCGUCGAAAUUGGCCCACAUUCACAAAAGAGCAGAUGCUUGUGCAGAUUAACCAAAGAAACACGACGAAUGAAACGUAUGUGACCUGUUCACGCGGUUCGCUAACUGACUCCCGAUGAAUUAAAACCUUUAUUUCAGUCGUCGAAUCCGGCGAGUAAUCUGCGUCCUUCCACCCUGUCGACUCUGUAGCAUUUUAAGUUUUAAAACUUUUUUUUUUUUUUUUUUUUUUUGUGUUUCGUUUUAAAUGUUUCUCAGACAAUUAUGCAUGCGGCAGAUAUUUUUAUAAGAAGUGUUUCUGCGAGGGUCAACGCUUCCAGUUUUUCAGACGAGCUGCGCCAUACUGCAGUUUGAUUUUAGCUACAAUCGUAUAUUUUUGAUAGGGUUUAGUUUUUCCCCCCACCUCGGGAUUUUUAAAACCCUAGUUCACGAGAAUCUUUAAAUGCGUUUAAAAUUGACAUAUUCAAAUUUGUGAAUAUAUUCGGUGCAGUGUGUACAAAACAAAUUGACCUGGGAAACAUCUGUAUAAUUUCUUUCUUUCAUAAGGUAAUGCCGUGCGGAACUAUUACGUUAUUUUAAUGGGGUUAUCAUUUAUCUACGUUUACUUCUUAGGGUUCUUUUUGAAGGUUCUGAGGAAACGAAUCGUUUGAUAGUGUACCAAUUGGGGUGUAACACACAAGUGUUGUGUGAGAUUUAAGUGAAAUUAAGCUCAAGUAAGUUGUAUGUGUGUACAUUCGUUGCUUGGCCUCUGAGCUAAUAAAAUCUACCUUUUUUAUUUAGUUUAACGUCACGUGACGUGAAUGGAAACCGUUUUCUUUUGCCAAACACUCCACAUCUGUGAAUUUAAAAUUUAGCUUCUUUUAGUUACGUACACUGUUUUCGAGAGGAAAGUCAUUUCCUUGUUCUUUCAGGUUUUAUUAGACGGGGCUGUGACUUAUGUAACGGAUACAAUGUUCUUCGGUGUAUUUUAAUAGGCUACGAAAUUGUCAAUCUGUCAUAAUAAUCUACUGUUAAGUGAAAAUUGCUAUUGCCAUCAAAGGCAUUCGAAUGUGAGAUUUAAGGCUGUAAAAUUGAGCCGUAAAUAGUGAACUAUGAAUCCAAUUUGUUAGGGGGGUAAAUUGUACGAAGACUUUUGAAGGCCUACAAGAGGAGGGCGCAUGCCAAAAGUGUCUCAUUAAUUGUGAUCUAUUUUACUUUGUCAUUUUUUUUUGUAUGCAAUAUCCAAUAAAUGUUUUACAUAUUAA